UCGUCUUUAGCACCAUAUAUAUAUAAGAACUCUAGUCUACAGACAGAUCAUUGAAGAAUUUGUAAGCUAAAAACCAAGAAACAAGAACAUUAUGGGCAGCGAGGAUGUGAACGUUCCAUUGCUACAUGGAGAACCGGAUAUAGACGACAUCAAGAAUUUUGGUCAAUUCCUCAAGGAAGCUAAGGUCGAAAACGUAAAGAUAUGGAGCUUAGCUGCACCUUGUAUCUUUACUGCGGUCGCUCAAUACUCUCUAGGAGGAUUGACACAAGUGUUCGCUGGACAACUCACUACACUCGAACUCGAUGCUGUUUCUACUGAGAACAUGGUCAUUGCUGGACUCGCUUUUGGAAUUAUGAUGGGGAUGGGGAGUGCAUUAGAAACCUUAUGUGGACAAGCAUUUGGAGCGGGACAGUUACAUAUGCUAGGAGUGUAUAUGCAACGUUCAUGGAUUAUACUCAACACAAUGUGUUUAUGCUUGUUACCAAUCUACAUUUUUGCAGAACCAAUCUUGAAAUUCUUUGGACAAAAUGACGAAAUUGCAGCCUUAGCUGCGAAGUUUUCGCUGUACAUGAUUCCUCAAUUGUUUGCGUAUGGUUUCAAUUUUCCAAUACAGAAAUUCUUACAAUCACAGAGCAAAAUUAUGACUAUGGCUUGGAUAUCUGGAGCGGCAGUUGUUUUCCAUUUUUUUUUCUGCUGGUUUCUUAUAAUCAAGUUGCAAUUGGGGUUACCUGGCGCAGCUAUUGCUCUUAAUACAUCUUGGUGGCUUGUGGUUUUGGGUCAAUUUGCUUACAUUUAUUUGGGUUAUUGUCCUGGUGCUUGGAAUGGUUUCAGUAUGAGUGCAUUUCGUGAUUUAAGUGCAUUUGCAAGGCUAUCUAUUGCUUCAGCCAUCAUGAUGUGUCUUGAAUUCUGGUAUUACAUGCUCCUUGUCGUGCUAGCUGGACAGUUAAAGAACCCUCAAGUUGCAGUAGCUGCCAUAUCCAUCUGCACCAACCUCAAUGGAUGGGAGAUUAUGAUUUUCAUAGGUUUCAAUGCUGCUAUCAGUGUGAGGGUCUCAAACGAACUUGGAGCAGGAAGACCAAAAGCAGCGAAAUUCGCCAUAUUGAUCGUUGUGAUGUCAGCAUUAAUCAUUGGGAUAUGCUUCUUUUGCUUAGUUUUGGCUCUGAGAAAUGUAUUCCCUCUGCCAUUUACAACCAGCCCUGAAGUAGCUAAGGCUGUCUCUCAUCUUGCCGUAUUAUUCGCUUCCACCUUGUUACUCAACAGUGUACAACCAGUCUUAACAGGUGUGGCUGUUGGAGCUGGUUGGCAGUGGCUGGUAGCUUAUGUUAACCUUGCAUGUUAUUACAUUGUUGGUCUUCCUCUCGGAUUUUUACUUGGAAAACAUUUCAAUUAUGGAGUCGAGGGAAUAUGGACUGGAAUGAUUAGUGGAGUGGGUUUGCAAACUUUAAUACUUCUAAUCAUCACACUGAAAACAAAUUGGAGCACUGAGGCUUCGUUAGCAGAUUCUAGGAUCAAACGAUGGGGUGGAUCCGUAGAUGCCCCAGAGCCAGAAGAAGUCACUAAAACUAAUGGUGAAUCUUCCAACAACACGGUUUAAUAGAGCUAUUACGUAGAUGAAUGCGGAUCGUCAGAAUGGUUGUUGCCACUAACAAAGUAGAUCAAUGGAUCAACUAAAGCUUUGAGGAUUCAGAAACGUUUGUCAGAAAUUAAAAGAGUUUUUUUGAGUUGAAUAAGAAAAUAUGGAAGAACUAAGGAGUAAUUAGUGCCUGGAGAGCUUCUUAUAGUGGAAGCCUCUUAAUUUGUUUUGUUCAUUUGUUUGUAGACAAGGAAUUUACAUUGCUUGAAGUGCUUAUUUUGUUGUUUUU